AUGAAUUGGUUGUUUCAAUCGAAUCCACCCGCAGUUAAAGUUUCCUUCAAUAGAAGCGCCUUGGAGAAGUGGGAGUUUGGAACUUCUCCCAGCGGGUGGCGUUAUGGGAUUGGUGGAGCAGUGUCCGGAACUGGAUCCCACCUCGACGUGAGUGAUGACUGUCGAUUAGAAAACCUCUGGUGCUGCACAUGUUGCGGGUGCCCCGUACAACAUGCAGAGCAAUUUACAAAGGCGGGAGCUUCCGGCUUGCCAGCAAGUCUUGGCAAUUCGCUGACAACGUCCCACCAAUGUCCGGUGGUAGAACAAGGCGUUGAGGUCGCAGAGGGGCCCGGUUGUUCGGAAGGACCGCUCCGGGAGCUGCUCGAGAACGAGAUCGACGUCGCUGUGGAGCAUCAGAAGGCCGAGCUCACGAGUGAUGGUCCAAGCUGGUCUCCCUCUUUGCCCGCCGUGAGAAGACGUCUCCCUCCAUCACGCCGCAUCCAUAGCCACGCAGAAACGGUCGAACCGGACCGCAGUGUGGCCUCAUGUUGCCUCGCACACGAGAACUGUGGCGCUUGCACGAGGACGGAAUGCGAUCAUAAGAGGGCAGCCGAAUGCCCUGCAGGACAGGAGUUCGUUUUAGAUUUCAAGAAACUCUCAGCCCCGUCAGUCUCGCCGUCGCCGGUCAGCACUCCAUGCGGAAGACCGGCCCAGGGUACUGUCCUCUCUGAACAGCCUAUCCCUAUAAAACCCCGAGACAAAUCCUUUGACAUAGGGCGAAACCCUGGCAAGUGUUCUAGCAUUGAAACACCCUCUGAGACGCGAGAGAGUAAAGGGGUCGAUCGAUCGAAACGACAACAGGAGAAGACUCCCAGUUGUUCGAAAAAAAGAACCCGCAGUCAGGCUCAUACAGAACGACAAGGAGUGGACACGACUCGACCAAUAUCGUCUGAAAUAGAGCCGCGUAGCGCUCCGAAAGGUCGGCCUCGUUCAACUCACCAGACGGUUGGUAUCACGGAUACUACCACAACUCGUGCCGGCAAAAAAGUGCUGACCGGGGAAGCAAUGUCCCUUGUGCUUAAAGCGCUGGGAGAGAGAGGGAUACGGAGGCUGAACAUGGGUAUGAAGUGGGAUGAGGCGUUGGAUUGUUGA